UCCCCUGGCAUACAAAGACGCUGUUUUCAUAUCUCCCCAUAAGUUUAUCGGAGGGCCACAGACUCCAGGAGUCCUUGUAGCAAAGAAAUGGCUGUUCCGAAACAUUGUCCCCCACAACGUUGGAGGAGGGACUGUUGUUUUCGUUCGCAGGAAGGCCCACAAAUACUUGUCCAAUGUGGAGGAUAGGGAAGAGGGAGGCACGCCCGCCAUCAUUGAGUCCAUCAGGGCAGGCCUGGCCUUCAAGUUGAAGGCUGCUUUGACCCCGCGUUUCAUCAUGACCCGGGAGAUGGAAAUGAUGAA